AUGACACCGACGGGUUCGCCUUUUUCUUUCUCCCCAAAGCGCAAACGAGAGCCUUCGGAAUCAGACUGCUAUAGCCCAUCGCCGUCACCCACAUCGACAGUAUCUAUUGCCAGUCAUCACGAGGCUCAACUCCGGGAGGAGGAGGACUUGGAAAGCUAUAGCUCUCGCACUGCUGUGACUGGGAGAUUCGGCGAGUUAGCCAUUCGUGGCGACCUUCUGUCGGACCCUGGACCUUUGACUGGCGAUUCAUGGCGAACCUCGGUUGGCCAUUCGAUGCGGAAAGUAUGUGAAUCUGGCAGCUACGAGCCUACGAAUAUGUCCGACGCAUUACCGGCUACUAGCAGCGAGCCAGGCGACCGCCAAACGCUGUUGCUUGAAUUACCCGCAACGCAGGACCAGUCGUCUUCCAUGACCGUUUCCAAUUCUAAAAAGAAUUCUGCAAUUUGCAACCGAAAAACCCUUAAUCCAUCAUCACCAUCUAAACGCAAGCAACGACUUUCUCCUCCUCUAGCGGAGACACCAUCUGAAGAAGACCCACUCGUAUGGCAUGAUUCUGAAAUAACAGGCCAUAAUCCAUCCGAUCCAACCGAUGAUGGCUAUGGAAUUAACGGCAUAGGCUUUAAGCCCACUGCAUCAAUCGCCUGGGAAAGAUCACAGAAGCGGCAAAAGCAGGUCACAGAGUGGAAAAACCGCGAAGCUCGGGAGGCUCGUGAAAGAAGACGAGAGAGGAGGAAAGAGGGACUUGAACUUGACAAAUUGCGCGGCAUACACGAAGGCGCAGUUCAGAAGCGAGUCAAGUUCAACGUUUAA